AUGAUCAACCUCCCCAUCCCCGACCACCUCCAAGCAAUGCUAGUUGACGACUGGGAGAACAUCACCAAGAACAAUCAGCUCGUCCCUCUCCCCCACGAGAAGCCCGUCUCCAAGAUUCUCGACGACUACCUCAGCUACGAGAAGCCCAGCCGGCCCGAGGGAUCCGCCAGUCUCGAUAUUCUGGAAGAGGUCAUGGCCGGGUUUCGCGAGUAUUUUGAAAAGUCCCUCAGCAGGAUUCUGCUCUACCGAUUUGAGCGGAACCAGUACAUGGACGUUCGCAAGCUAUGGGACACUGCAUCGGAUAGCAAGGCGACAGAGUAUAAAAAUGUCUGCGACGUCUACGGUGCCGAGCACCUCGCCCGUCUAAUUGUCUCCCUUCCUGAACUCUUGGCCCAGACAAACAUGGAUCAACAGUCCGUCACUCGUCUCAGGGAGGAGAUUGGCAAGUUCACUAUGUGGCUCAGCAAGAACUCGGAGACGUACUUUGUCAACGAAUACGAGACUCCUUCGCAGGAGUAUAUUGAUAAGGCGAGGAGUUAUUAA